UCUUAACUGACUUGCCUAGUUAAAUAAAGGUAAACAUUUGUUUUUUAAAUAAUGCAGAGAAACAAGGUUGCCAGAAGGAUUCCAUGACCUGGGACUUUUAUCUGAUAAACAAGGCAAGCUCGGUCUCUGCUCUGGCCAUCUUACUUCCUGGUGUGUGCCCAAUCAAAUGCCAGUUCUCUGUUGACAAUAAAGAUGGACUAUGCCAGAGGGAGUUGGUAGAAGUUGAUACAGGGUCAGAUAUUUCUUUCACCACGCACAGCUAAGGUCAGGAUUGUGGGAGGAUAAUCUGAUCCUAGAUCUGUACCUUGUGGAAACUUUACCCCGGAGCGACAGAGACACACAAAAGUCAAGUGACUCAUCAUGUUGAAUAACAGAAGGUCUUGUAUGCACCGUUGUGUCACUCCUUAAAGAUUACAUUUGAUGGCUAAACAUUAACAAGUUAUGACCCUGUUUGUUUGCCAUGAUGGAGAGAAUAGUGAAAGAAAGUAUACAGUUGUGUUGUUCAACCCAUUCGUUACCAUUCAUACCAUCUCAUCUAAACCGCUAAAGAAAUGAUUUCCUUCUGUCUCUUGUUUCUCUGGAUUCCUAUAACGUCUGCAGAUCCCCACUCUUUGAAAUACUUAUACACUGCAGUCUCAGGUGAUACUGACUUCCCAGAGUUCAUGGUGGUGGGUUUGCUGGACGACCAACAGUUUGUGCACUUUGGCAGCAACACCAAGACACUGGUCAACGACGCUGAGUGGAUGAAUAAGACAGAAAAAUACUACAGGGAACUCUACACUGAGCCCCUGAUUAACCAAUAUGAAGGCUUCAAAAACCUCAUUACGUUUGCAAAGAAGCAGUUUAACCAAACCCAGUCAAAAGGUGUUCACACAAUCCAGAACUUGUACGGCUGUGAGUGGAAUGAUGAGACUGAACUCCAAGAUUAUUUCCAUCACUAUGGAUACGAUGGUGAGGAUUUCAUUUCAUUAGACAUGAAGACCGUAAGAUGGAUAACCUCCGUACAGCAGGCAGACACCAUCAAACAGAAGUGGGACGACAACAGCAAGGAUCUGCACUAUCUCAAAUGGUACUUCACUAAGGAGUGUAUUGACACUUUGAAGAAGUAUGUGAACUUCGCCAGCAGCGUCUUGAAGAAGAUAGUCCCUCCCUCAGUGUCUCUGCUCCAGAAGACCCCCUCCUCUCCAGUGACCUGCCACGCUACGGGUUUCUACCCCAGUGGAGUCAUGGUCUCCUGGCAGAAAGAUGGGCAAGAACAGCAUGAAGAUGUGUUGCAUGGAGAGAUUCUCCCCAACGGUGAUGGAACCUUCCAGAAAAGUGCCCACCUCACAAUCGACUCUGAGAAGUGGGAGAACAACAACUACACCUGUGUGGUUGAGCACAAAGAGAACAUCAUCGCCAUCAGACUGAAUCAGUCUGUGAUAAAAACAAACAGUGUCAAGCCUCUUGAAACUGUCCCCAUCAUUAUUGGAGUAGGAGUAGUAGCUGUCAUCCUCCUAGUCUCCUUCAUCAUAGCUAGGUUUAUUAUGUGGAACAGGAAGAGUACAGCCUCUGAUGAUGGUUCCAACCCCUCCAUGACACAGCAGAACCAGAUGCAACUUGAGGUUUCUCUCUCACUAAUCAAACAGGUAAUGUACUGUAUCUAUAAAGGUCCAGUGGCAUCAAGUGGUUUGUACUCCUAUUAGAUUAUGCUUGUCUGUCUGUCCGUCCUUCUGCAAAUCAAAUCUCAAUUUUUCCUUUAUCUACCCAAAUGUUUGUCUCUUUGUCUGUCUGUCUGUCUGUCUGUCGGUCUGUCUGUCUGUCUGUCUGUC